CGAGCCACUGGGAGAGAGGGUUGCCCGGGAAACGGCCGCAUGGCAACAGGAUCAGAGCCUGGGGGUUGUCUGCUUCUAGGUCUGCUCCCAUUUUGCGUCGCGUUUCCUCACUAGAUGGUGUGCGAGCCACUGGAGAGUGCACUUCCCCCGCACAGUGGUGGGCUCCGCGCGCAGCACAGACACGACGCAGACCAGGGGAAGCUACGCGGAGGACGGGCUUUUGCUUGGCCAGGAGGAAAAGUGUGGGAAUUAAAAGCGUCGUUCUCGUCGGGGCUUUCCUUUUUUUAUUUUUCUUCUUCCUUCUUUUAAAGCAAACUCUCCCCCCCCCCCCAUCCCCCAUCCCCCCACACACCCACCCCCAUCUCCGGUUUCUGCAUCAAGAAGAGUCGGGGAGAAGCGACCACCACCACCACCACAACAACAACACCACACAGCUGCGAUGGACACAAUGGUCGCGGUGCGGGACGCGUGCGUCUCCGGCCAGUGGCUCACUGCGAUCGUUCUCAGCCUGUGCUGCUUCCUGCCGUCCUGUUUGCCCGCCGGACAAACUGUGGACUAUUCCUCGGUCGAGAGUGUGGUCAGCAGACAGGGCGACACGGCUCUCCUGAGGUGCUACCUGUUGGAUGGGAUCUCAAAAGGAGCCUGGCUGAACCGCUCAAGCAUCAUAUUUGCAGGGAACGACAAGUGGUCUGUGGACCCGCGCGUGUCCAUUGUGUCCAGUGUCGGCGACAAACAUGAGUACAGCCUUCAGAUACAGAAAGUGGAUGUAAGUGACGACGGCCAGUACACGUGCUCUAUUCAGAGCGAGCGCAACCCACGUCCGAAGCUCCUCAACCUUAUUGUAAAAGUUCCUCCCAAGAUAUACGACAUUUCCUCCGACAUCACGGUAAACGAGGGCAGCAAUGUGUCGCUCAUCUGUACAGCCAGUGGGAAACCGGAGCCAACCAUUUCCUGGCGACACAUAACCCCAUCAGCCAAGAAGCAUGAGAGUGGCGAAUAUCUUAACAUCACGGGCAUCACAAGGGACCAGGCUGGAGACUACGAAUGCAGCGCUUUAAAUGACAUCGCCUCUCCUGACACCAAAACAGUAAAAGUCACAGUCAACUUUGCCCCAUCCAUCCAUGAGAUGAAAAGCCACGGAGUUGGUCUGGGGCGCACAGCUCUGCUAAGGUGCGAGGCGGCUGCUGUGCCUUCUCCAACAUUCGAGUGGUACAAGGGUGAGAAAAGGAUUAUGAAGGGUCAAGGCAUCGACAUCAAGAGCCUCAGCUCCAGAUCAGUCCUCACCGUGACCAACAUGACAGAGGAUCGUUACGGGAACUACACGUGUGUUGCCUCCAACAAGCUCGGGACGGCUAAUGCCAGUGUGCCUCUCAUUCCAAUUAUUGAACCCACCACCACUAGUGCUGUCUCAAGCCCAGCGCCCAACACCGCACCCUAUGGGACAGGAAGUGCACACGUCCCGCUGGCCUGCCGGUACCUGGUCCUGGCUCUGUCCUCCUUCAUCAGCGUGUACUAGGCCAACGCAGACACAAUGACUGUCGAGCAUUUAUGAAUCCUUUUUGACAUUGCUGAUGGCUGGAAUCCAAUCUGGUAACAGUUUUCUUGAAAAUCCAUGAGGGGAAAUUAAUCAGCGUUACUUUGUGUGUGGGGAACUUCUUUUUUUUCCUUUGCUUUUUGGUGGAAUUUCUGUCAUGUAAAUACUAUGAUGUUUUUUUAUCAUUAUUAUAAUUAUUAUUAUUAUUAUUUCCGCCUGUUUUUAUGAUUGACCACCUUGUGAAUCAGUGCACCCCCCCAACCCCACUCCAACUCCAAUCACAUCAGAAUCCUCCAAACCUCCCGAACGAGACACUUUCAUGCCUCUGUCUCUGGGAGGCAAUGGCCUAAAAUUGACAUUUCCGUUUUUUUUGGGACAUGGCUAAAAAAGAAGCAAUUGUGCCAGUACACAGAAUCACCAUACCAAUGUUGUAUUGAAUGUAUUAUGGGUUGUUGAACAAAGGAAAGACAUUUAGAUUCCUAACAAUAAAAAAUUCUGAUUAUGGAGUGUGCUUAAAAAUACAGGGGGGGGGGGCAGAAAAAAACAACAAAAUAACAAAAAAGGCAGGGCUCUUUCAGGACCCGUAUUGUCAUGAUUACUCAAUAGAUGGAUGGACAGUGUUGAAGGUGUGCUUUGUUGUAUUCUGAAAUGGGUCGUUCAGUUACUAAGCCUGCUGAACAGCUUUGAUCAGGCAGCCGUUAAAAGUAGCAAAGUAUCCUGUAUUGUAUCUUUAUAUUUUAAUAUAGUGUAGGCUUUUGUUUUGAAGUGGGACCAGCUUUUCUCAUUUGACCAAGAACAGUAACACAGUUCAUGACUUUGUACAGUGUAAAGGGAGGAACAUCGCUGCCCUAUGUUUACAUUUUUCCCUCGAAAAUAUAACUACUACAGUAUAUUCUCUAAUACUUUGGUUGCGGUGAGUCCACAUAUACGUGAAUGUCAGAACAAACUGUUGUUGAGGUUGAGAAGAAAAAGCAGAUGUAGUAUCUUCUUAAAGAUGUAGUUCUCUGAGACACGUGUUUUGUCUCUGAAUUUGCGGCGUACCUACUGAUCAUCUUCUGGCUGAAAACCCACAGUCACACACUGUAGGUGACUUCAGGUUUUUGGCUUCAUUUUUUUUGGCAGGAUACUUCGAUGAUUGAAAGCAGCAUCCUGCAGCACAGCAUUUUAUCCCUCUCAUACCUCACAGAUGAUUCGGUACUUACAUAGGUUACAAUCUGAGGUACGGUCAAUUUCUAAACUUCAUAUUUAACAUAUAAUUGAAAUCCAGAGAGCCAAAGCCUAAUUUAAGAUUUGUAGUAAGUUCACCAACAUAUGUGAUUGAGUACAUUAUCUACUACUCUGACACCAAUCUGAGACCUUCUCGUGUUAAUUAUGGGCAAGAGGACACAAAUAAUUAUGAACAUGCGCAGACGCCUCUCUCCAAAACGAGUGAGUUCGCCACGAACAGAUGAUCAGUCCACAGAGCCGGUGAACGUCCACGGGAGAUUCAGAGUCAAUUAAACCAUGAGGUCGUUUAAUGGAAGAAAACUGUGGACCAUUUGUUUCACUCAUAUUAAUUAUAUCAAGGAUCAAAAACAGUGUUAUUGUGAGGGUUUCGCUUCCUGACAAGACUGUCAGCAUGGCACAUUCAUCUUCAAGUCUCUUCUUAUCCAUGGUGUGAACAGAGACACUGUACUGUAAUGCCUUAAUAGAACCGUUGACAUUAAAUUAACCUCCUUCAGAAGGACACUUCCAGAUGCUCUCUCGAUAUUAUACAACUCAUUCGUUUGACACUACUGAUGAUUGAAUGUUCAUUAGCCAUUCAAAUUAGGCAUUAUAUCCACCGAAACUAAUCUCUCAACCUAUGGCUCUCGCAGGUAUUUUUAAUAAGCCAGUUGCAUCGGAUACAAAUGCAGUAUUUGUCGUACAGAUUAACAUGUUUGCAAGUCUUGUUUGGAUCGUGUCAUAUUUUGCCCCCCGAUCGAGGGACUAACAGUAUGUAACUGCAAACCUAUAGAGAAAUAGCCAUCGCAGUUAAAAGACUUAAAGCACAAACACUGUUAUUACUUUUAUGUUUCGUGGUGCUUUGUUUUGAGGUCUGCUAAACAUUUUUCUUUCUCUUUUUUCGUUUGCACUUAAAUUGUUAUCAGCUUGUUUUUAAAAAAAAAAUUAUGAAAAUACUGCACCAUAUGAUCUUGUUUAAAUGUUACGGUAUAAUGAAAAUGGUUCAGAAAUAUAUUUAUUCUCUUCCUUUAUGAAAAUCAAUGUAUAAAAAAAUACAUUCGAAACAUGUAAAACUGAAUAUGUGACAUUUAUCUGAAUGAGGCUCAGUAUGGCAUAGUUUAUAAUGUUGUCGGGUUCAUUUAGCUGCCAUAACUGUUGUUGAUUUUUUUUGUCAGAGUACAUUAAAAAGAACAAAUGUUUGCAAUCAAAUUACCUACUUUUUGAAACGGAGAAGGUGUGAACAAUAUAACAGUAUUAUAGAACAGAAUCAAUGUGUGUAUAUUUGGAGAAAGUAGGAUACCUUUUGAUCUUUAGAGCCAGUGUGUAGUCAUAGUUUUCACACACUCGCGUGUUUGACGGUGUGCAGAGAAGUAUGAUUGUGCUGCAUGUCAAAGUUAACCCGUGUUUUUGAGGUGGCCAUUUUACAGAUAAUCAUAGAUUUCUUUUUGAACGGAACCAGUUUGUUUUUUGUUCUCCUUAAAAACUCUUUUGGUCCUCAACCCUGGUCUAAAAAUACAAGCCUCUCACAGAUCACCAGGCCACGUCUGUUUGUGAUUUAUUUGAAACUUAAACCGCUAUUCAGUCAUGAUAAUUAUUGUGGCACAUUGGUGACAGUCUGGAGUUCUAUUGGUUGCUUGUCUAAGCGGUUAGGACCAUGCUAGUAUUCCAUAUGAAAUGUAAUGGAUGUUAAUAAUUUUGAAUAAUCGGUUUUAACAAGUCCCUUUUAUCGAAUCACUGUUAUUUGUAAUAAAAAUUCUUCAUGUUACAAUAUAAACUCAUAUCUGAGUUAAUAAACAGUCAAAGGGGGUUUGUUAUUAUCACUGCAGGAGGGUUGGAGCCCCCAGCACACCAUUGCAAAUGUUUUCUUUGAAAUAUAAAAUGUCCUAAGCGGCGUUUUUCAUUUUUAGACUUUAUCAUUUUUAUCAACAUUUAUUUCACGAGUUAGUUUGGGGGAACGAAGCACUGCAGUGCAAGCCGAUGCCUCUAUGCUCGGUGGUUCAUGGAACUGCAUCUUCUGUCCGUCUGUGAUGAGCGGAAUCCAUCAAUUUAGGUGUUUUCUUAUAUUUAUAUUUCAGUACGAUCAGCUAAAGGCCUGAGCUUCUCCUGUCAAGCUGUGCAUUUUGUAAUAUUAGCUAAUGUUACAAGAGCUAAUUCUAAUAACUACUUUUCACUACUAAACCUAGGAAAUAAUAUUUAAAAGUCAUAUCCAUCACACUAAUGUUUUAGCCGUCAAAUUAAAGAUAUUUGGAUCAUUUGUUUUGUUACUCUGCUACAAUAGUAACAUUACAGUAUUAACAUUUUAGUUUUUAACAUUAGCCAAGAGCUAAUUUUACACAGGUGAAAGCCCAGGUUAAAACCUUGUGUCAGUAAACAGUAAAAAUGAAGAAAUAAGAUGGCAAUAAAAUUGAAACAAGCAACAUUGAGCUGAAUGAGGGCUUCAGUAAAUUGAUUUGAUUUUCUGAAUACAAAUUAAUUAGCAAGUUCUUUUGAAGUUGAAAUGAAGUUGACGAAAAUAUUCAUCAGUUGAACUCUGGUGAAACUAAAUGAGAGCACUUGAUCACCCAUUCUUUUUUGUUUCAUUAUUAUCAUCAAACGUUGAUGUUUAAAAUAAAUUAUAAUAUCCAUUCUCAGAUAAUUUUAUCGUUAUGUUUAAGCAGUCACCAGAUGCACGGCUUUCCCUUUUUUGUCCAUCGCCCCCUUUGAAAAGAGCCGCUGGGCUCAUGCCACGUCCCCCCGUACGGACCGACACUGCUGGGAUUAUUCUCCACGUUGGAAGACGUGAGGGACGUAUUGGUCUGUUUUUUCACAGUCUUAUCUUGAGUUAUUGAAUCAUCUUAAUUGUGUAUCAUCGAAUAUGUGAUCCCCUCCCCUUUGCCCUCAGACACUGUACAAAUCCUCCUGAGCACAGAUGGCCAGUUGCCACAGUACACAGGAUUAAUCACCGUUCGCACUGCGUCGUCGUCGCUGACUGUGGUGUGUCACUCAGUAUCCUUGAUCUGGAGAUAUUCACCGACCACUGCUCAUUCCUCCCAUGAUGCAUCCGGGGUAGAUUAUACCUUCUUUUCUUUUUUCCCCAGCAGCACAGGGCUUUUGAGUAUCCUUUGGCCUGAAUACGCUCUUGACUAAAUCACCCACGACUGUGUGUGUGACCUAGCUCGUAAAAGUUCAGCUUAAAAAGUCAUGUUGAUGUACAAGCUGAGAAGAGGCCACACCUGCGGAGAUCACUGCCUCGCCUCGCGCUUCCUGCUGACACUGGAGGAAAAAAAACACUUUUAAAUGCAAGAUAAGAAGGUUUCUGAAUAUUCAUAGUGCGUAGUUCUAGUGCAGCCCCGCAAUCCCCUUCCUGGACUUUAAAUUGGCCAUUUCAAAUCGCUCUGCUACUCUCACCCCAACGUAUCGGAAUAUACUCUUCUCUCUGAAUGCAUCUGUUAAAAGUUUGGAUGUGUUGCAUUGCAAAAACAGUGGCUGUUCCAACUGAGUCUCGGCGGGCGUCGCGUACUGUACUGAAUGUGCCUUUAAAGUAUUUCAUCAAUCAGAACCCUUCUUUAGAGAAUUAUUGCCAACUCAACCUAAAGCCAUUGUAUGCAGCCUUUCGCUCGCUUAAUAGUUUUCAUGGUAUUGCGCGUUUAUAACAACAAAAUAUUCAAUAUCUCAGCAAAGAAAAAAACUACAAAACUCUACUCCAGAGAUACAUGUAUCACAUAAUUACAUGUAUUUGUUCUUGUCUGAAGAGGGUCACGGAACAAUUUAGUUUCACAGUUGUUUUGACACACGCGGCCCCUAAAUAGCAGGAAAUGUAUUUUUCUCUUCUAUCUUUUUGAUAGGCGACAUGAUUAUGAUUAAGGAACACUUAGGUCUGAGUGUAGCCAUGUGGAUUCAUCAGCCAGAGAAAUAUAAGCAGGAUUCGAGUCAGGGACAUAAAGGGACAUAAAGGCACGUUUGUUCAUAUUCUUCCUGUGAUGUGAUUAUGUCGUGGAAAAACGCUGAAAUUAGACAUUUUGAAUUGCAUAUACAAUAAUCAACCUAUCAGCAUAUGUUUUCAGCACAUAUACAGUGUAUUGUCCUUUCAACACCAAAAAAAUGGAUGUUUGAAGUUUAUAUUCUGCAAAGUUCUACAUGUAAAACGGCGUUGUCAUGCAGAAAGAUGAAGGCAUCACAUACAGUGGGUUAUGGAAAUGACUAGCACGGUGUCAGGGUGCUGCGGGAGACUGGAGGAGAUGUACGUGAGCGAUUCCCUUUGACCCUGCAGUUAAUGAAACCCUUCCUGUGCCUUUGGUCGUUUUAACUGGGAGAUUGUGUCAUACCAUACACCUCACUGGAGCUGCUGCCUGGCUCCGGAGUCGACAACCCACUCCCUCAAGAGGCAUGCUGAGUUGUCAGAAUCAAAAAUAAUAAUAAUAAAAAAAAACCCUCUGGUUCUUGAGUGCUUGCAUUCAGUUUUGCAGAUAUGUUUGUCGCACAGCAGGCAAAAGCAAUUCCUCCUGUCAAAGAAAAAAAAUAUAUCUCGUCUAACCAGGCUAUGGGCAAGUUUGAGUCGGUUCUAAAUGGAAAAGUAAAGAAAAAAAAGCUCAGUUUAAAAAGAAAAAAAAACAUUUCGAUUGGUACAAAAAGUGAGUAAUAUCUGCCUGGUGUGACUCUCUGUUUCCUUUGAAAUCGGAUAGAAAGGCUGCUGCCAAUGUAAGGGGGACGUGCUGUUUAAAAAAAAAGAGGUUGCUUCAAGUAUUCAACCUGUCCCUCAUUAUUUCCACUGAACUGGAAAAUAAGUUGCCAGCCAUUGAUGCAGAGCCUGAGAUAAUGCCGGGGUUUUAAUGCAAGCUAUCUAAGCCGGGUCUCUCCAUGACGCCAGUAACGGAAUCACAAACUGCAAAGAGUCUUCACGUGAAGCUCCCCCCGGCAAUCGUGAGUUUUCAUGAAAGAUUGAGGAGGCCGACGUGAGGGAGAAGAAAGUCAUCAUUUCACUGACAGUAAAUGCAAUCCUAUUUCCUUUUGUUGCCAUGCCUCAUGAAGCAGAUUACACAUUGCUUCACAAACACUGGAUGACACAGCGAAUCCGUCAUUUGUUGCACCAGUUCAUCAUAAGUAUGUGUCUCUUGUGUCCGUGUAGAUGGAGUGACCUCUGGUUGAGUUCAACGCUCGAGGUGCAGCAUUUCUUCUAUUUGUGUCCGUAGACGAAAAAUACUCAGUUAUGACAUUUUCUUUUUCUUUUUGCAAAAAUAUGUGAUUGGAAAUAAUAAGACUGAAAGGACCAUAUUUGAUUUUUGUGUAUGAACUCUUAUUUCUCUUUGUCUGGGUUUUUUAAUUUUUGUUUUAAUAUUCAAAUAAUGUGAUGAGGAGUGUCCAAAUUGAAAUGUUUACCUAUUGUGUAUGAGGGUCCUUUAGCCACCAGGUAUAUAGCUGUACAUUUAUAGGCUCUAGGUCACUGGAAUGAUAUAUAUGGCUUUAAGUGGCAUUGAUAUAUCUAAAUAUAAUAUAAAUAUAUAAAUAUAUAUUGAUAUUGUCCAAAUGAAAAAAUCAUGUACUUUAAUUACUUUAAAGCUUACACUGUGUAUAGCGCGUAUGCAAGUCCAUUUUCAUCAUGUUUGAUGUGAUUUUGUAGCGGUGGUUUGAUACUAAUAAAUGGCAAUUGAUGAUGGAAUUAUA